GGGAAAUAUUCGCGGGAUUUAUUUGAGUCGAUUAGAAACUUGCUGCUUUGUCUCGUUUAAAAAAUGGGCGAUUUGCUGAACAACACCGAGAUGCUCAAGAAACUCGGCAUCGACAGCGCCAACCAAUGGAUCAUUUACGACGAACGCUUCGAAAAGUUCUUUCAAUUCCUGUUCAAAAAUAUUAGCGACUCCAACAUACUCACCGACCAUGAGCUCUUAGCCCGCGAUGAAAUGAUGCAGCAUGGCGAGUGGCUGAACGAGACGGAGCGUCAGCUAAAAUUACAGCAAAUCGAGGCCGAAUGGCCGGGCCUGCUGGAGCACACGGAUGAAGAUCUGGAGGCGCUUUCCGCUGAAAUCGAACAGCUGCAGCAGGCAACAAAUGAUUACAACGUGCUCAUCGAUGAAAUGAAGAACACAAAGCACAGCAUCAACAUCAAUCUGUCUGAGCUGGAAUAUGAGAUUAGACCGCUGCAAGUGGCGGAAAGGGAAUUGCUGGGCGAAUGCCAAAAGAAGGCUGGCCAAUUGGAGCAGCUGCAGCGACACAAUCGUGAGCUCGUUGAGGAGACAAGCAGGGAAUUUACCAUGCAACAGAUGCCGCCGCUGUUUAUGCAUCAGCUGCCGCUCGAUCAGUAUUUCCUCAAGUGUGACUCAUUUCUGCAGUAUUUCACGCUCUACAUGAAGGACAAUUUCAAAAUACAGGAAUAUGCCGAGUUCGAGAGCAUUGAUGUCGACAUACAGCAAAUGAACAGCAAGCUGGAAAACUUGCAAAACUCCAUGGAGUAUUAUACACUCGCCUAUAUCAAAAAGAAGGCCACUGCCACAGCGACCAAGGCGCUGUGCGAUCAACUUGAUCUGAAUCGCAUUACGUGCCUCAGUUUGAAGGAGAUGGUGCGCGAGACGCACAACCUGCAGCUGCUCAACGAGAACCAUUUGAGUAAUACACACAAUACGCUGGAGACAGUCUUGGCCAUCCAUGUCCAGCAGCGCAUUCAGCAGCGCAUCGAGAUGGUCCUCUACGAGAACACUAAGCAGAAAUUGGAGCGUGCGAUGCGACGACGCGAGAGCGAUAAGCAGCUGACGAGCAUCAUUUCGGAUGCCCUGCUAAAUGCCGAACUGAUUUGGAUAGCUAUACAAUUGGAUUUGGAAAAGAAACGCAACUUCAAGGACAACUCCCAGGUGCUCGGCGAACAGGCCGAGGCGUGCUGGGAACGCGUGCAGGCAAUGCUUUCUGUAAAUGCCAGCAACAAGAAUGGUGCAGUCUGUGCACAGUUCGUGCAUGAAAUUGCCAGUCAACUGUCCGCACAUCUUGGCCAGAAUGUCCGCUCAACGGAGGCGAAGAGCUGCCUGUAUGAGUAUGAAAAGUUUGGGCGCCUUUUGGCCUACUCACUUCAAAGUAUGCUUAAUGAAAAGAGUCAUGUCUAUGUGCACGAACAACUGGCCGAUCUCAAACGUGUGGAGGAAAAGCUGCGUCCUUUCGUCUACGACUCGCCGCUGGAGCAGCCAAUGUUCGACCAUACACAAUAUUUGUAUCAAAUGUUUAAUGUCGCUGAGCAGCAGCUGUCUUUUGAUAAAGCAAUCCGCCAUUUGCGCACUCAGUUCCAGGAAACGAUCACACAGCGUAUGGACAACGAGAAACUCUAUCGCUACAGCAAACUAUUGUGGAUUUGGUUUCUUACCCAGCCGGAGCGCGUGAUUCAUGCAAUUGAUGAGGUCAAAAAGUGUUCAGCCAAAAUGCCGGCGCUGAACAGCAGCAUGCUCCGUCCGGGCGGCGGUCUGCAGCGUAAAUAAUCAUAAAUCAACCAAAACAAACAUGCAUGCGUAUAUGGUGUAUGUAGAUGUAGUUUAUUGCGAUUCAUCAUCAUAGAAAACGCAACAUUUAUCAAUGUAUGUGGUCAGCUCUGCUGUUCCUUUGCUCUCACAGAGUUCUUCGUCAUAUUAGAUUCGAUAAAAAUUGUUUAAAACUACACAUUGA